AUGUCAAACUCAGUUCCAAGAACAGGCAGCAUUAAAAACAAGAUCGUAGCCUCAGACCUUGAGGAAGAGAGGAAGAAUCUCAAUUUCGACUAGAUGGAAUUGACAGAGUUCCUCUACUACGGAAAGGAAAACUAUGCAAAGUACUAGGGAUGGAUUAAGCUUGUAGAGAAAGAACCCAUUCUAGCCAACCAUCACUCCUGGUAUGAUAUGACCCGUGAGGAGCAAAUGGAGUGCUAACUCUAGAAGUCCAGAAGAAUGUAUGAGAUUGACAGGAAAGAAUACUUCCAUGAUGUAGAGAAUGGAUUUAUUGCUUGGUACAAUGCUAUCCUGAAGGGAGUCUACUCAUUUGGACUUAAUUUCACUAUGUUUAUGACAUGCAUUGAGAGUCUUGCUGAUGAUGAAUAAAGAAAUCAAUGGCUACCAAAGCUUAAGGAUUUAAAGAUGAUUGGAUGCUACGCACAAACUGAACUAGGCCAUGGUUCAAAUGUUGCAGGAAUAGAGACAACUGCUACCUACGACAACACUACUGAUGAGUUCGUCAUCAACUCUCCAACUUUGACUUCAACUAAAUUCUGGCCUGGAGACAUGGGUAAAAUCUCUUGCUACAGUUGUGUUUAUGCCAGACUCAUCUCUAAUGGUAAGGACCAUGGAGUACAACCCUUCCUAGUCUAAACCAGAGACCUAGCUACAUAUGAGCCCCUUCCAGGAGUUGAAAUGGGAGACAUUGGGCCAAAGUUUGGAUAUUAAAGCAAGGAUAAUGGAUAUUAAAUAUAUAAAAACUUGAGGAUCCCAAGGUACAAUCACCUCAAAAGAUUUUCUGAGGUAGACAGAGAAGGUAACUUCAAACUCAAGGGAGACCAAAGAAUCCUCUACUCUAUCAUGCUACUAACUAGAGUCUAAAUUAUUUCCUAUGCUCCAUUCGCAAUUUUCUAGGCGCUCUAAAUUGGAACAAGAUACGCAGUGGUCAGAAGACAGUUUUCGACAUUAGACGGAACUAAACUUGAAAGAAAAUUGCUUGACUAUUAAACUCAUAUGUACAAGUAUGCACCAUUAUUAGCUUAUGCAAUGGCCUUCAAGUUCUCAGGUCAUUAUCUCAUCAAGCUCUAUGAAAAGGUUAUGGAUGGCGUCAAGAAUAACGACUUCAGUUAACUAGAGCUACUUCAUCAUUUGAGUUCAGGCUACAAAGCGGUUUACACAAAAAUCACUUAUGAUGCUAUAGAUGAUGUCAGACAAUCAUGUGGUGGAGCUGGUUUCCUGUAGUGGUCAGCACUUCCCUAAUACUAAUAAGACUAUGCACCAAAUCCAACUUUCGAGGGAGAUAAUACAGUCAUGCUUUAACAAUGUUCAAGACUAAUUGUAAAGACCGUAAAAGGUCUAGCUAAAGGCAAGAAAGCUGAGGGAAAUUUUUCUUAUCUGAACAAUAUUCUUGGAUUAAUUGAAAUGAAAAGCACAGCUAAGACUGUAGAAGAUGUGCUCUCUGUUGAAUUCUUAGAGACAGCACUUGCUGUCAGAUCUGCAUUCAAAGUUAAAUCCACUGUUGAAGAUCUCAUGAAAUCAAAAGCUUCUGAAAAUUAGAAAGCAAACUCUGAAUUUGCCAUUGAUAUAAUAAGCAUGUCAACUGCUCACGUGAUGUAUACUACUUUCUAUAACUUCAAGAAUGGGCUUAGCAUUAUUAAAUGCAAUAGCUUGAAAAACCAUCUUAAUAAUCUCUUAAGACUUUACAGUAUUAGUGAACUAAUUAAAGACAAUCAAUGUCUAUACGAGUCAGGUUUUUUCAGCUCUGGCAUUAUGAAUCUACUCAAUUAAGCUUUAAAGCAACUUUUGAAAACUCUAAGACCUUUUAUGAUUCCUAUUGUAGAAGCAAUCUAGAUCCCUGAUGUCAUUCUGACCUCUUCCAUUGGUAAUUCCUAUGGUGAUAUCUAUGAAACCUAACUCGAAUGGGCAAAGUCAAGCAGACUUAACAAGUCCACUACAAUCAGGGGCUUCAAGGAAAACAUCUUACCAAUUGUAAAUGGGAAACUCUGA